UCUCCAUUUCUUCAAUUUCUUUUCUUCUUUUCUUUUCGUAAUUGGUUCUCUAGGUUCUUGGUUUUGUUUUGUUUUGGGUCUACUUGAACGUCUUUCUUUCUCUUCUUCUGCCAUGAAAAUUCCCAUUUUAGUAAAAGCUCCAACUUUUUUUUGCUUAAUGUGAUGAUGGUUAUCAAAAUGAAUUAUACAUACACACUGUACAAGUAGAAUUAGCUUUCGAGGUUUUAGAUCUUGUAUUGUUGUUCAUGGAAAAAAGUUUGGUUUUUUAUAAUUUAUUCUCAUCAGUUCUUGAAGCAAGUGUAUAAAAUAAUUUUUGUUAAAGUGGGUCUCUAUUGAUUGUCUUUGAAUGGUUGGUCUAUGAAAGUAGAAAGAAAAUUUCAGGAAAAAGGAAGUUCUUGUACUAAGACAAGAAAGUAGUAUAGUAUUUAUUGAUUGAGAGAGCAGAUGGCACAUUCAGAUUCUUGGUUUCAACUUAAUGGUGCAACAAAAGAGAAGGAAGGCAAUACAAAGUUAUGUCCUUUCUAGGGAAAUGUAAAAUCAAGAAAUGCAUUUACAUUGAAAAGUUGUGAUUUUUGAAACUCCUUUUUGAAGCCCAACAAGCAAAAAAGAAAGAAGAAAAGAAUAUAGCAAGGUAAAGUAUGCCAACAGUGUGGUUUUCUUUGAAGAAGUCACUGCAUUGCAAAUCAGAACCAUCAGAUGUUCAUGACCCAAAAUCCAGGAAGCAAUUGAGCACAAUCUUGACAAGAAAAGCAGGAAGGUCAGGUUGUUCAAGGUCUAUAGCUAACCUCAAAGAUGUCAUCCAUGGAAGCAAAAGACAUACAGAGAAGCCACCAAGCUGCAGCCCAAGAUCCAUAGGGAGCAGUGAGUUUCUUAACCCAAUAACCCAUGAAGUUAUCUUGAGUAACUCAAGGUGUGAGCUUAAAAUCACUGGUUUUGGUGGGUUCCAAGAAGGGAUUGGUACUGGUAGUGGUGGAGGUACUAAUAAUGGUAGUGGCGGUGGCGGAAAUAGUGGUGGUUCAACUUUUGUGGGUACUUUAAGACCAGGAACACCAGGGCCUGGAGGACAUCCAACAAUGCAUUAUUUCAACCCGUCCUUUAGGAACUCAGCUACACCACCAAGAAAGUCACCAUUUCUUCUAUCAGAUAGGGAGGGGUCUGGAUUUGGAAGUUCUGGUCUAUUUGGUGGUGGUGGUGGUGGUAAUGGUGGACAUUCUAGCACUAGGGUCUCUCUUGAAACAGAUGCUAACGUUUCUUCUACAAUCACUUGCCAUAAAUGUGGAGAGCAGUUUACCAAAUGGGAAGCUGCUGAAAAUCACCAUCUCUCCAAACAUGCUGUCACUGAACUUGUAGAAGGUGACUCAUCAAGAAAAAUUGUUGAAAUCAUAUGCCGGACAAGCUGGUUAAAGGGCGAGAAUAAUUGUGGUCGAAUCGAAAGAGUAUUGAAAGUUCACAAUAUGCAGAAAACUCUAGCUCGAUUUGAAGAAUACAGAGAAAUGGUGAAAAUCAAGGCCAGCAAACUCCCCAAGAAACAUCCUCGCUGCAUUGCUGAUGGAAAUGAGCUAUUGAGGUUUUAUGGAACCACUGUUGCAUGCUCUCUUGGCCUAAAUGGGUGCUCAAGUUUAUGUGUGUCUGAAAAAUGCUGUGUUUGUAGAAUUAUCAGAAAUGGUUUCUCUGCCAAGAAAGAGCUCAAAGGUGGAAUAGGGGUUUUUACAACCUCUACUAGUGGCAGAGCUUUUGAAUCUGUAGAAAUAUUUGAAGAAGACCCAUGUAUAAGAAAAGCACUGAUAGUAUGCAGAGUAAUUGCAGGGAGAGUUCACAAGCCAUUGGAAAAUAUACAAGAAAUUUCUGGCCAAACAGGUUUUGAUUCAUUAGCAGGGAAAGUUGGUCUGUACUCAAAUAUUGAGGAGCUUUAUCUGCUAAAUCCUAAAGCUCUCCUUCCUUGCUUUGUGGUAAUCUGCAAACCCUGAAGAAAAUUAUAAAAAAAAAAAAAAAUGAAAAAAGAGUAACGCUUACAAAAUGUUAUGAAGUUUAGGUGAACCCUUUUUGUAUUAUUUUGAAAUCUUUUGAUGGAGUAAAUCAAUUUUUUCUUUUUUGGCUUUUCUUAA